GACUCCAGCCAGGAGACAGACAGACGGCGAGCGCCGAGCGGGGCACGAGAGAGAGAGAGAGAGAGAGAGAGAGAGAGAGAGAGCCGAGAGAGCGAGAGGCCCCCGUGUUGUGGGUCGAGAUUUUCCGCGCGUGAGGGGCGGGCAGAGCAAAGUAGAGGCGGAGCGGAGCGCCGGGCCCCCGUGCCUUCUUCUUCUUCCCCGUCCGGCGGACCACUCGGCACCUGCGCCAUGGGCUGCGCGUCGUCGAGGCAGUUCGGGGCGCGCGCGGCGGGGCACGUGGAGCCCGAAGUGCUCGCGUCCGAUACCUCAUUCACGGUGAACGAGGUGGAGGCGCUGUACGAGCUGUACAAGAGGAUGAGCUUCUCCAUCAUCAAGGACGGUCUCAUCCACAAGGAGGAGUUCCAGCUCGCCUUGUUCAGGAACAGCAAGAAAGCCAACCUCUUCGCCGACAGGGUCUUCGAUCUGUUCGAUCUCAAGCGGACUGGGGUGAUCGAUUUCGAGGAGUUCGUGCGGUCGCUCAGCGUCUUCCACCCUAAAGCGCCCACAUCGGAAAAGACAGCGUUCGCGUUCAAGCUGUAUGAUCUGAGGGGGACAGGUUACAUCGAGAAAGAAGAGCUCAGGGAGUUGGUCCUGGCGCUUCUAGACGAGUCUGAUCUCUGCCUUUCAGAUAGCAACGUCGAGGCGAUUGUGGACAAUACAUUCAGUCAGGCGGACUCGAAUGGAGAUGGCAAGGUAGAUCCUGAGGAGUGGGAGGAAUUCGUGAAGAAGAACCCGGCAGCGUUGAGAAACAUGUCACUCCCCUACUUGCAGGACAUCACCAUGGCGUUUCCCAGCUUUAUAACGCGUUCAGAAGCCAAAUACUGACUGAAAUAGUCGGGUAGAGCAGCGUAUGAGCAAGCAUAGUUGCAUCAGCUCCAGUAUGCCUAACUUUAGCUGCAACGGGGUGCAUGAGGUAUGUUGCAUACGCCGCAGCCUAACGAGACGAUGACGAUGACGAAAAAAUGCAUCUGAAUGUUAAGCUUCAGAUGAUAACCAGGACCAGGCAAUGAUCUUCUGCGCAUGUAAAUAGGAUCAGCAAGCUUGUUCGAAGCAGCAGUGCCUGAGUUCACAAGCUAGCUGCUCUCUCACUGCUGAAAAUACUUCCGUCUAAAAUCUUGUGUGUAGUUGACUAGUUGUAAUUGUAAGGAAACAAUAAGUUGUGAGCAGUUGGUGUUGUAGCUAUGUUUUUCUUUUUUGAAAGAUCCGGACCAUUCCGCAUUCAUUAA